AUGUUUUACGUGAUUGUCGUUUCAGUUUUGUGCGGAGCACUUGUCACUCUGCUAUUGCAGCUUUUGCUCUUGUACCGGAGGAGCCCAGAGCCCAUCGCCAGGACAGUACAGUAUGUCAAAGCAUCGCCCGAUCCUGCGUUGAAGGAUUACCUUCAUAAUCAACAUGUCGAUUUGGGCCAGCAACCGGACAGCGCGACACCCGCCUCAUCCAAACAACAAGAAGCCGUGUCCCCUAGGCAGCAGGAAGCGGCUGCCCCCAGCAGUAGCCCUAAACAGCCGCCGCCUUCCCACAGCGAGCCUCCCCACAUCCCAAAGCCGGAGACUUGUAAUUUUCUCAAUGCAAUAUUUCUCUUUUUAUUCCGAGAACUCCGGGACACUCCCGUGGUCAGACACUGGGUGAUCAAGAAGAUUAAGGUGGAGUUCGAGGAGCUGCUACAAACGAAGACUGCUGGUCGGCUUUUAGAAGGACUCAGUCUCCGGGAUAUAUCUCUGGGAAAUUCGCUGCCUGUGUUCAAAACGGCGAAACUUAUGACGCCGGUGGAGGUUGACGAGGAUGGCAUGCCCGACGAGCUUAAUUUUGAAGUAGACCUGGAGUACAACGGCGGGUUCCAUCUGGCCAUCGACGUAGAUCUGGUGUUUGGGAAGUCCGCAUACCUCUUCGUGAAGAUGACCCGGGUUGCGGGCCGGCUCAAGCUGCAGUUUACCCGCAUGCCGUUCACACACUGGUCAUUCUCCUUCCUGGAGGAACCGCUUAUAGACUUCGAGGUGAAAUCGCAGUUCGAGGGUCGACCCCUGCCGCAGCUCACAUCCAUAAUCGUCAACCAGCUGAAGAGAGUCAUCAAAAAGAAACAUACUUUGCCAAAUUAUAAAAUCAGAUACAAACCAUUUUUUCCGUUCCAAGUGCAGCCUCCACUGGCCGCAGCCUGUGACCUUGAUCUCUCUGUUCACGACAACCACUUGGUGGAAGGCCGGCUCAGAGUCACCCUCGUGGAGUGUAGCAGGCUAUUUAUCCUGGGCUCAUAUGACCGGGAAACGUACGUGCACUGCACCUUGGAGCUCAGCAGUGAGGAGUGGAAGGAGAAGACGAGGAGCUCCAUCAAGACGACGGAGGUUAUCAAAGGCAGUUCUCAGAGCGUUGGUAUGACCUUUCGACAUGUCCCGGCCACCGAGGGCGAUGUUGUGCAUGUCAGCAUUGAGACGGUCACCCCCAACUCACCUGCUGCCUUGGCUGACCUACAGAAAGGAGAUCGGCUCAUAGCUAUCGGAGGUGUUAAAGUGACAUCCUCUGUCCAAGUGCCAAAGCUUCUCAAGCAGGCUGGAGAUAAGGUGCAAGUUGUCUAUGAAAGGCCCGUACGUCACCAGAUCCCACCCAUGGGAGCCCUUCAGGAAGGUUUCAGCCAGUUGGAGGAGCCCAGUUUUCUGCCACAGCCCAUGUAUGAGGAAGACCCGGCCCCCAUCACCACUCUGGAUACUUCUGACAGCAAAGACAUGGACUCAGAAUUUGAGGAGCUAAUCAUGGACCCUAAGCCCAUUAUUAGUGACAUCAAGGAUGAUCUCCUUACUGUUAACCAAAGUCCUAAAAGAACUGUGGCUAAUCUUGCCACCAAGCCCCUGGGCACCAUUUCUCCCAUCUUGAACCGUAAACUGAAUUUGUCUGGUCUUCAGUUGCCACUGAAACCACAGACAAAGGAGACACUCAAAUCCUUGCCUCCUAAAAGCAGUGAAUUGCCUGAAGGACCUCAAAGGCCUGCUGUCCCUCCUCCACCCCCCCCAAGUCGACCGCCAGUGCCCCCCAGGUCCCACAUCAAGCUGGCAUCAACCUCUUCAGACACCCAAAGUAUGCAGGAUGGAGGGGAUGUGCCUUCAGAGAAACCAGAGAGGCCCAUUCCACCUGCAAACAAUGGAGACAAACAGCCCGCCAAUGAGAAGGUUGCCGUCAAACUCCCAGAUCAAAAGCCAGCUGUCAGACAAAUGGAGACCAGCGAAGACCCGGCAGCUGAUUACAUUUCCCGCCGGCAAGAUGCAGCCAAAGACAAGGUCUCGGAGGCGUCUACCAGCACAAAAGACAGCCUGGAGGAUCAUUUCACCUGGGAAUCAUCAGAGACCCUCUUACGUAACCAGUCUGCAAAAUGGGCCAAGGCCUCUGUGGUUUUUGAUGUAGAAAGCAACCAUAAAUACCUUAAUGUAGCCCUUUGGUGUAAAGACCCUUUCAAACUAGGAAGUCUCUUGUGCUUGGGGCAUGUUAGUCUGAAACUGGAGCACAUCGCACUGGAAUGCUUGUCCACAUCUUCCUUGGAGUUCCAGAGCUCCUUCAGGCUGUGUCCCCCAGAACCGAGAGCUAGCGUGAGCCGUACAGCUCUGCGCAACCUCAGCACCCACAAGGGCUUCAACGAGAAGCUGUGUUAUGGUGACGUCACGCUUAACUUCACUUACCUGAGCGAUAGCGAAUCAGAGUUCUCCAGCAGCCUGGUGGAGUUUGAGCGUGAAAACAUCCAGCAGGAGGACGAACCAUGUCAGCAGCAGCAGCAGCAACAGCAGCAGCAGCCAGUGCUGCCCCGUGAGGACCAUGGCUUCGGCUCCAUGCAGAUUGCGGAAUUCAAGCACAACUUCCAGGAUACCCAGUUCCAGAAUCCCACUUGGUGUGAAUACUGCAAGAAGAAAGUAUGGACCAAGGCAGCUUCCCAGUGCAUGAUCUGUGCCUAUGUGUGCCACAAGAAGUGCCAGGAAAAGUGUCUCAGCGAGCACCCAUUUUGCAUGGCUGCAGACCGCCGGGGCGCCGACUCUGAGGCAAAGUCCACCAUCAACAGAGCCACCACUGGCCUGACCCGCCACAUCCUUAACACAAGCUCCCGGCUGCUGAGCCUGCGACAGGUGCCCAAAACCAGGUUGGCAGAGCAGGUGGCCGACCCCACUGUAGAGCCAUCACCCAAGCAAACGCCCAAUACCUCGGACAACGAGAGCAGUGACACCGAGACUUAUGUUGGGGCAAGCCCUUCCAAAAAGGCCACUUCCACAAGUGGAAGCACCACUAAGCUGGCACGCAAAGAGGGUGGCCUGGAUGAUAGCGUUUUCAUAGCUGUUAAGGAGAUUGGGCGGGACCUUUAUCGGGGCCUGCCCACAGAUGAGCGCUCGCAGAAGCUGGAAUUCAUGCUGGACAAGCUGCAGCAGGAGAUCGACCAGGAGCUGGAGCACAACAACUCCUUGUUGCUCGAGGAGAGGGAGACUGCUGAUCCCCGCAAGAAAGCCCUCACCAGUGCGGCCCUUGCCAAGUCUGGUGAGCGGCUCCAGGCACUCACGUUACUCACGAUUCACUACCGCGCUGGCAUUGAGGACCUGGAAUCCGUCGAGAGCACCUCCCCAUCUGAGCAUCAGGGCUUCAAGGCCAAAUGUGGCUCGGAGGACACCCUUGAAGGGGCGGAAGACUUCGACACAGACACCUGCAAUCCCCUGGAUGUUCCUCUGCUGGAUGACAUCACGGAGGAGCAGAUCUGUGUAGAGGCAUUGCCAUAGACAUAGAUGGGCGUGAGGCUUGUAAUUAUCAAAAGAAUAUUUUAAUUUUUUUUUGUUUUUUUUUUGGCGUGGGGGUUUAUUUGCAGGGAUGGGGAGGUAUAGAGGGUUAUUAACGCUGAAAUGGUUAUGGGGAUUUCCCAGUCGCAAUGUUGAGAAUAUAUUGACUGUACCAAUAAGCAUUACAAAGCCAAUUCAUUGUACGAACCUGUGCAAUGCUGUCAUUUGUGUGGGCAGCCUGAGCAGAAUCAUGCAGUUAUCGGUAGGUGUAUUUAAUGUGCCGUUUCUUACAGUGUGAUUUUAUCCCCUCCAUUUUCAUCGUGUGCUUUUCGUAGCUUCUGUGUUUCUGCAACGACUUGGCACAUGUGGAAGAAUUCCAAGAUCACAUCACUCACAUGUGUUUGGAUGGUUGUAAUCAUUCUUUUUUUGCACUUUAAAUAUGGUCACUCUGUGUGUGUUUUUUUUAAUCAAAAUAAAUAGUGGAGACAAGA